AUGAAAAACCCGUCAAAAAACGGCGGCUCCCGAGUACCCGGGUUGUUUUCUCAUUACAUUAUUUAUUAUUUUUUUCAGCCGGGGCGGGAAGGAAAAACAAAAAGAGUAAAUUAGGAGGUACACGCAACGUAACGAACCAAGGCCCAUCCAACCCCGAUGCUAUCCCUUGCCUUUCUUCUGGCUUCAAUUCGCACCUUGCUCUGCGAAUUCUCAAUCGUUCACCAUCUCUAGAGUUCCAAAGCCAAACAAAGCUUUAAAUCGAAAGGCAGGGAUAGGAAAAGGGAAGCCAUGAUAACGCGAUCCAAUUUAGCAGAUCAAUUAAGAGAGUAUCAGCUUCGAUCUAAGCACGAUUGGGCCUCUGUUUCGUUUUUCGCAUCAACCUCUAAUCUCACAACUUCUAGAGUGGAUGUUGUGGCCUUUGUUAUAUGGGAACUCGUUAUAUUUGCUUUUCUGGUUUUUUCAGCCGUUUCUUUAUAUUUUAGGCAUAUGCAACUUGCUUUUAUCCUAGUAUGCAUCACAUUGUUAUUGCUUCUGUGCAUGAAAAUCACAAAGCAAGUGAGCUUGGCUGGGAAAAAGAAAAGAAGGAUGCUGCUUCCAUUAUCUAUGUAAAACACAAAAUGAUAAUGAAUUUGUCUAAAAGGAGACAGCUUGUUGUGUAA